CAUCCACUUCCUGGGUCAAUGCUUUACACCAGUAUAUAGUCCUUUUUAUUUUCCCCACCUUUUUGCCGAGCCGCAUUAUUGUAUAUCAUCACUAUAUCACUACAUUACGACAUAGGCGUUUCUCUGCAAGCCAGCCACUGCUGCACUAUUGCGCACAUUGCUGCCCAUUGACAUUACAUCGAUUCAGCACAUUUAUACGCAACUAGUUCCGGGCACAUUUUCUCUCCUUGCUGCAAAACACCCUGCCUUUUUCUCCUCGCGGCACAUCUACAUCGCUUAUUCCACUUUCUUACCGUAGAUGCAUAUUUGGCUGCUUUACUGCGUUGGAUUUUUCAAAAGGUAAUCAUACAUGGCAAUGUCGCUCUUUACAAACGCCCGCAACACCCUCUGCCGGCGGCGUACCGAUGGCAAGCCCAAAAACAUGGGGGUACUGGUGGUCUUCUGUUCAUUCCUGGUCUUGAGCCUUGGUCCUGGGAUGCUCAAUGCCUUUGGUGUCUACGAAGAGGAGUACGACCGGCUGUAUGACAGCAAAGACGAGGACUACGAGAAAUGGCCGCUGGGCUCUCCAGUAAUCUUCAUUGGCGUCCUGCAGAUUCUGCUUGCCCAAGGCAUGGGGUUCAUUGGCGGCCGUGCAGCGCAGCGGUUCGGGCCAGGCCCUACAGUAUUUAUCGGUGGCAUUCUGAUAAGCCUGGGGCUGUUUAGCGCCAGCUAUGCCAAGCAGGUGUGGCAGUUAUGCCUGACCCAAGGCGUUGUGUUUGGCACAGGCGUGAUGCUGACGUGGAUUCCAGCAGCAUCAGCGCCGUCGUCCUGGUUCACCAAAAACAAGGGUCUGGCAACAGGAAUCACGCACAUGGGUCUUGGAAUCGGCGGGCUGGUAUUUUCGCCGCUCACCCGGUUCCUGCUCGAAAGGACGGGCACCAGCGGGUCACUGCGCUGGCUCUCCUUGGUGGCUCUGAUUGGCGUGACACUGGCGAGCCUAGGCGUGCACAGCAAGAAGCAUGAGCGGGUGAGUGACCUGGUUAUCUCGAGCGUGCGCUGGUCGAAGCGCCUGGAAUCCGAGUUCGAAUGUCUGCCUGAGGACGGGUUUGACUCGGACCAAGAGGUCGACUACCCGCAAUACUGCCGGCAGUCGCGCAUGCUUCUGUGCGGCGACACAAUGCGGAACAGCGAGGAAGGUGGUGGUGGAGAGAUAUUACCGCCGAGGGAGAAAUCUCAGAGGUUCUAGAACCGAAAUUCAGCACACCGCGCCCAGCAAAGAUCCACCACGACGACACAGCCGUAGGCAUUGAUGAUUUGGAUGCCGAGGCUUCGUCCUCUUCGUCCGAGGAUGAAGACCUGCUUGCAGUGAAGAGCAAGG